CGAGUGUCUUUUGAAGAAACUAAUUCAGUGCUCGCCUAUUGACGGAACUAACGCGUUCACUUUUUCACACUUUUGCCGCCAAAACGUGACGCGCGUAUAAUGUGCUAGUGUUACUAUGUAAAAUUGUGAAAAUACAAAUCGAAAAUGGAAAGAAAAAGCGUCACCAAAAUGUUCCGACCGACUCUCUUCCGCGGUCUAAGUGCGGACUCGGCUGAUUCCACGGCCUACCAUCUCGACAGGAGCCGGCGGGCCUCCCUCAGCGCGGAACAGCGGAGGAAGCUGAGCAUGCUUCGUACAUCCAGCAUCCCUACACCGCUGAGCCCGGUGAGCCACAUUUACCAUAUGGUACACUGCCCAAGAAAAUGCUGUAAUCAGAAAUAUGUUGUCAGUACGGACCGGAGUGGCGAUAUUCAUGUUCACGUUCAGGGUGACUUGAGUCAGCAAGAUAAAAGAUGUGUUUUCCUCACAGUUCAUGACCUUGGGACAAAUCAUACAUCAAUGGUUGACUUCGUCAAUUGUCCAGCUAUGACGGAAAUAAAGGAGCGAUCGUGUUUUAUUCACGUUGACGUUCCGGGGCAUGAAGAAAACUCACCAGACCUACCCGAAUCGUACCCGUUCCCGUCCCUGCAGACAUUAGGAGAGGACAUGGUCACAGUUCUGGACUUCCUCCAAGUGCGUUAUGCUGUCGGCCUUGGUGAAGGUGCAGGAGCCAAUAUCCUGGCUCGCUGUGGUCAAGCUCAUCCUAGACGGCUUCUAGGUCUGAUUCUGGUAAACUGCACGGGAUCAACGUCCUCUGUGGCAGACGCGUUCCGUUCGCGAUUCUCGCGCUGGCGCGGCACCGACAUAUCUCAGUCUGAGGAAGAUUUCCUCAUCUAUCAUAAGUUCGGACACGUGAGUUAUAUCCCACCAGAGAUCCUUCACUAUCGCUAUCAGCAAAUAUCAAGUGAUGCCUGUGAGGCGGCCGAGAGGGAAAGAAUGCUUGCAGAAUACAGAUCUCGAUUGCGAGGGAAUCUCAAUACACACAAUAUCAAGCAGUAUGUGCGAGCGUUUAUACACCGCAAGGACCUGAUACUGCGUGGGUGUCGGCCUGACAUUCUCCUCAUUACCGGUAUGCUGAGUCCAUACGUGAGUGUCGUUGAAAAAAUGUACAAGGAAUUGGACAAAGAUAAAGUGACGAUGCUGAAGAUCGAGAAAGUUGGUGAUGUUCUUGCUGAAGCUCCAGCCAAGGUCGCUCAGUCCCUGCUUCUCUUCUGUCAAGGCCAGGGACUACUGACAUCCCUUCCCCCACCUGGAGUAGAACGGCGGAUGUCUCGCGCCAUGUCUAUGGAGGAGUAUGAUAAGCCAAACAUUAGGCGGUUGUCGCUCACACCAAAUAUGUCAGAGUCCCCACCGCCACGAAAAGUGUAGGAUUACUAUACUACAGAUGGGAUAUAAUUGGGUUUGGUAAAGUUUAAAAUAACGUACAAAAUUUCACGUUUCUAUAAAAAUUCUUAUGUUCGAACACUAGUCGAUUUUUACAUGUUUUGUUUAUGUAUGUUUUGUUGAACUAUGGAGCUACAGAGCGUGAACUAAGACGUCUAGUUUACUACACUUAAAAUGGAACAAUGUGCUUCAGUUUAGCGCUAGUACUCGAUAGGUGUUUUGACAAACCGUGCCCACAGAGUUUUAUACAAAUAUAUAUUUUAUAUUACGAUAGCUAUUUGGUUUUGCGUAUCGUUUCUGCUAAGAUUUUUAUUCUUAAUUCUCGUUUUUGGUGGUUAAGGCAGAGACAGUAUUUACGUCUUAGCACAUUUUUUGUGAAUCCCAAGGAAGUCAAGAGAACAAGAGAGUAUAUAU